AUGUCAAUUCCAUAUCAUGGACAAUAUUCCCAAUCUUUGUCGAACUCUUCUUUUCCUUCUCGAGAAGAUCGAAGUCCGCCUCUAUCAGAGCUGCUUCCUCCUAGUCAGCUAUUUCCUAGAAUUCAUGCCGACCUUCAAUCAGAUGCUCCCCUGAGAGUAAAAUGGGAAUGCAUCCGAGCUGUACUCGAUUCCGACGUUCCUAUCCACGCUAUACAACAAAUUCUCCAAAGUACUUGGGACGACUAUGAUAGCCUCUGGGACCAGCUGUCUAAAGUUUUGCCAGCAGAGCGGCCCCGAGUGAGACAGCGCGCAAGCCUUGAGGCGUGGAGGGAUGCGACUACGUCAUCCGGAACAGUCAUGCUACGAGGCUCCUUGGUACUAAGCGGUGACGAUUCACGGGGUUACAUUACCGCUCGGUUGGACCCUUUAUCCCAUGAAGAAUACGGGAGAUCGUUUCGGUUCAGUCGAGCCUUCGGUGGUGAUAGCCUACAAGCUCCCGACCAACUGGAAGCAAAACUUCCCUACGUGGUUCAAAAGCUGGCUCAAAGAUGGAAAAAAUCUUCUUCGGUCGCACGUGGCGUGCUUUAUAUGUGCUACGAGGUCAAGUUUUUCGCCAUCAAAGGCACAGGCAUCUCUGAAAGUACUUGCAUCAAGCACACCCCGGCUUCCAUUGAGGAUGUAAUCCAGUGGUUGAUUCCUCUGGAUCUUGAAAAAAAUAGGAGCGUACUUGCUUGCAAGUUGUACUCUCGCCUUGAACUUGGCUUUUCUAAAACCUAUCCAACUGUUGCUUUCCUCCCGGGCCAGAUCGAUGAAGUUAAUGACGCAUACGGUAAUGCAGCCGACGAGGACACCCGAUUUAACGAUACCAAUCUUGAUUGGGCUCCGUUUACAACCUUUAUGCAUCAGUCGAGCCGGGUUAUGACCGAUGGAUGCGCUCGCAUUUCUGUCAAAGCCGCAAGCGCCUUGUGGCAAUGUUUUGGGACAGCAGACCCAGUCCCGAGUGUUUUCCAGGGACGCAUUGCUAAUGCAAAAGGGUUGUGGUUGAAAUCUACCGAUCACGAAAAAGAUGCGAAAGACCCCAUCUGGAUAGAAACCACAGCAUCCCAAAGAAAGUUUCAACGUCAUGACGAAGACAUGGACGAAGCUACUUUCGACAGAAAUCGUACUACGUUUGAGCUUCUGGCUUGGUCAGGCCCACUAGCAUCUUCGCAUCUGAGCGUCUCGCUUCUCUCUGGCCUUCGAGAAAGAGGAAUUUCCCAGUCGUCAAUUGCAAAGUUCAUUCGCGCUCAGAUGGACUUUGAAAAAGAUCAAUUUUGA